CUGCCUACCAUCUCUCGCCCAGUACUUGCCAUCUCCCCUCCCACAUCCCCCACCAUGGCCUCCGCAGACGAAGACGUCCAGCAGCAGCUCACCGACGCUACCCACGGCUUUGACCAGCUCUUCCAGAACGAGCUUGAGGAUUCCCGCAACAUAUUCGCAGCCUCCGAGUCCGACAGCCCCUUCCACCAGCUUGGACUGGGUGUAUGCGCCUUUCUCGAGGCCGCCCUCGGCAUGGAGACGGGCCUGCUUGCCGAGGCCCAGCGCUGUCUCUCCCUCUCCGAGGCAGGCUCCAAGAAGCAGCUCAAAGCGUCCAAGUAUGCGAAGCGCACCACUCAGUUCCCGCCUGGCACAGAAUGGGAGCUCCUCAACUCCGACGCCGUCAUCCUCCUUGGCCUCAACCAUGCUCUCAGCGAGUCCUACAUGGGGUACCUGCAGUGUCUGUACUCUCUCAACAGCCGCGCCCACAGACUCUACAAGACCGUCUACCCGCACGGGCUCGAUGCCUAUGCGACGCCCGCCACGUCCCCACCGCGGAGCAACACGCCGUCCGUUGCGUCCUCCGCGGCGUCGUCCACGCUCAGCGUCGCGACUAACAACACGACGACGCCCUCGACGCCCGCAAGCACCAUCUCCCGACGCUCCGGCUUCUUCAGCCGGUUCACGGGUGGGUUGACUGCGUCGGCGCCGUCGAGCCUCAGCUCAAGCAUGACGUCGCUCUCCCUCGAGACCCGCGUCCACGCCGAGCGCGGCUCCGUCGACGAGCUCAUCCUGUCAGGGACUGCAUUCGGUGCCUUGUUCAACCUCGUCUUCUCCCUCCUACCCGCUAAGAUCCGAGGAGUGGUGGGCUUCCUCGGGUUCACCAGCGAUCGCAAGCUCGCCCUCCAAGCGCUCGCGGUCUCCGCCAACUACACCGACGUACAUGGUGUCUUCGCCGGGUUAGCGCUCAUGACUUACCACGGCGUCGUCCUCCUGCUCUCGGGAUACCAGGCGGAUGAACAGCACAUCCUCCGGCAGUACGGUGCCAUCGUCGACAAGCUUUCGUCGAGGUAUCCGAACGGCUCGUUAUGGAUACUCAAUCGGGCGAAGAUCCUCCGGAUGUCCUACGACACCCAAGGGGCGAUCAAGGUGCUCCAAGAUGGGCUGAAGCCUGAGCGCCCGCACACCUUUGCACAAGCUGACGGGCUGUUAAUCUUCGAGUUGGCCUGGACGCUGCUCUCGCAGCGGCGCUACCAAGAAGCGGCGGAUACGUUCAUCGACAUGACGAAGGUCAACAGCUGGAGCCACGGGACGUACUACUUCAUCGCUGCUGAUCCCGGCUUGUUGGACAAGAAGAAGAUUGGGGGCAAGGACUUGCCCACGGAGGUGUUCAUCAAAAAGAAGCUGGCCUUCUAUAAAGAGAAGGCGACACGGCUCACUGGCUCAGAGGACGGCUACGUCCAGGUUAUGAAGAUUAGUCCUGCCGAGGAGCUUGCAAUAUGUGCGUACUGCCUAACUACCUGGUUUGUUUUCCCACUCAUCCCGUCGGACACAGUGGCCUCCCCGUCCACAGCCACAGCGACACCCACGCUAUCCCCGUCCACGCCCACGCUGCCCACACCCGCGCCCCCAGACCUCGACACGCCCGACGAGCUCGCGAUCCGCGCACUGAUCCUCGGGAUCACGCACCGCACCGCAGGGGCGUACGGCCCGGCGCGCGAGUUCCUCGCCGACGCACACGCGCAGCACGCCCAGGUGAAGGUGAGCACGUGGGUCGGGGGCGUCGCGCUCUUCGAGCUCGCGGUGCUCGCGCUGAAGGAGGCGCAGGCGCGCACGGAGGGCGUCCCCGGCGUGGAUGCCGCGCACGCGGACGUGCGGAAGGAGGAACUGGGCGAGGCGGAGAGGCGCGAGGUGUGGGUGGGCGCGAUGGGCGAGGCGGAGGGGCUGCUGGAGAAGGCGUUGGCGCUCGCGACGCAGCAGGUGGACCUGAGUUCGAGGCUGGACAGUCGGAUCGCGAUGCUGAAGGACGAGAUUGCGAUGAAGAAGGAGAUGCUCGCGGCGGGGAAGGCGUGA